AGCUUGGAGGGGACGAUGAAGCCACUCGCCAUGGCUCCGCUGACACAGGCGCUGCCUCUUGCCUGCCUGCUGCUGCUGCUGCUGGGCAGUGCCCCGGGUGCGGAUGCCCAGGCAGGCUUUGAGCUGCACCAGCCCCAGAAGGAGGUGUUUGUGAGAGUGGGGGAGACGCUGACCCUGAUCUGCACCGUGACUGCAGGGGGUCCCCUUGGCCCUGUGAAGUGGCUGAAGGGCUGGGGCAGUGACAACAAGACCAUUUAUGACCAAAAAGACCCCUCAACCUGGGGGAAGAAAGCAGUGAAUGGGUCCAACACAAACUUCACCAUCCUCAUCAGGGACGUCCGCCCUGAGGAUGCCAGCACCUAUUACUGUGUGAAGUUUCGCAAAGCAGCCACCGGUGAUGAUGAGUUGUAUCGGCAUGGCGAUGGCACAGUGGUGUCGGUGCAGGCCAAACCUUCCAAACCAAUCGUGUCCGGGCCCAGUUACCGCGUGCAGCCAGGGUAUACGGUAUCCUUCACCUGCAACUCCUGGGGGUUCUUCCCCUGUAACAUAAGCGUGAAGUGGUUCAAGGACAAGACCCCGAUUCAGUCUCAGCUGCGUAAAGUCACCCCUGGGCCAUCGAACUUCACCUACAGGCUGUCCAGCACGGUGACGGUGACGCUGCAGAAGGACGACAUCCGCUCAGAGCUCACCUGCCAGGUGCUGCACACCACGCUGACGGCCCCGCUGAACAGGAGUUACCAUCUGAGCCAGAUCCUGCGAGUUCCCCCCAAAGUGGUCCUGGAGCCUCUGGGCCCCGUGGGGCUGAACGAGACAGUGAGCUUCACCUGCGACGUGCAGGGCUUCUACCCGGGAAGCGUGACCGUCACCUGGCUGGAGAAUGGGAAGGAGAUGAACACGGGGAGCACCCCCAGGCCUAUUGAGACCCCCGAGGGCUUGUUCAAGCUGAGGAGCACGGUGGCGGUGCAAGCCGUGCCGGAGAAGAACGGCUCCGUGUUCACCUGCCGGGUGGUGCACGAGGGCCAGGACCCCCUCAGCAGCAGCGCCACGCUGUGGGUCGAUGCCUCAGGCCAGCAGGGACGCAGCUCGGGAGGUGCCCAUCUCCUGUCCAGCCCCGGCCUGUGGCUCUGCAUGCUGCUUGACAAGGCGAUCCUCGGCCUCGUGCUCUUCUUCCUCUUCAAGCGCUGGCAGGCCUGAAGAGAGGCCAGGGCAG